AUGUUUAUUGUUGAUUUAAAUAAACAAUCAAAUUUAAUUCAAGUAAAAACUAACAAUGAAAAUAAUUCCACCAUUGUUGCUGAAGGAAAUUUUGCAUUCGAUGAACCUGAUCUUACUGUACUUAUCAUCUUCAAAUAUGUGAUAAUAACACCAGAUAAUCAUCAACAACUUGAUCAAUUUCUUUCAAUUGUAAUGUCUUAUGUCGGUAAAUUAUUUAAAUCACUUAUUUGCAUACGUUUACCAAAUAUGUUUGAUAAUCGAAUUGAUAUUCAUAAAUUUAAAUUUAAUAAUAAUAUUUUACAUUUUAUGUCUGUUAAAAUCGAAGAUUUGAAAUAUUAUUCUGAUAAUGAUAUACAAAAUAACCAAGAACAAUAUGAAUUAAUAACUGAUAAACAAUUAAUAUUAAAUUAUGCUGAACAAUUACUUAAAAUAAUGAAUAGAGAAGGAUUUUGGUGUACAAAAUGGAAUUUAAUAGAAAUGGAAAAUCGAAUAAAUUCAGCAACAUAUAACGCAAUGGUUUUAGAUAAAAUAAAUAAUUAUCCUUGUGGUUUUGGACGAUUAUUUCUAUUAACAAUAGAUGAUCAAAUAUUUGGAUAUUUAUCAGAUAUUCUUGUAGAUAGUUCUCAUCAAUCAAAAGGUCUUGGUAGACUUAUAAUCAACCAUCUUAUUGGAAUGUCUGUUAAACAAAAUGAUAAUCAUCAGAAUGUUCAUUGUACACUUUGUUUACAAUGUGCUUAUAAAGGUAGUGGAGCUGUAUCUGCACCAAAACUAUAUAAAAGAUCAGGUUUCGAAUAUAUCGCUGAUAUUGGCAAUCGUAUUGCUAUUUUUGCUGAUGAAAAAUAUCUGAUUGAAACAGUCAAAUAA